AUGGCCGCUCCUAUCGUCGCGCUUUUGGAGUCUCUCGGGCAGCCUCGGCAACGCAUCUUUCGGGACGCAUUUGACGAGCUUACCGAGGAAGAGUUCCGCGACCACUUCAGGCUCUCGAAGCGCACUGUGCGCUGGCUCUGCGAGCAACUGGAAGACGCCAUCGGUGGCCUUCGGACCGGUGGCAUCACGACGCAAGACAGGGUGCUUUGUGCUCUCCGUUUCUUCGCGACGGGGAGCUUCCAAAGAUCCAUCGGCAGCGAAGAAUUCGUAUCCAUGGGGCAAGCUUCCGUGAGCGAAAGCAUUCACGCAGUUGCGGAAGCAAUAACCGUGGUGGGCCGGCAACAGGGCUGGGUGAGCUUCCCGUUGACAACGGCCGGCAAGGCUAGUGCAAAGGCGGCCUUUGCGGAUCGGGGCCGCAUUCCCGGUGUAGUGGCCUGUGUCGACGGGACGCUCAUAGCGAUCAAACAGCCCGAAGGACUCAGCCCGGGCGAGACCGCGGGCUUCAUGUCAAGAAAAGGCUUCUACGCCUUGAAUACCAUGAUCGUGUGUGAUGCCCACAUGCGCAUCGUGGACACCGAUCCCCGUUUCCCCGGAUCGUGCCACGACUCCUACGUGUGGAGGCACUCACCACUGUUAGGCCGCCUCACACGUAACCUGCGACGUGGAGAAUGGGUGCUUGGAGACUCAGGCUACCCUCUUGAGCCAUGGCUGCUGACACCUGUGCCAGGCCAUCCAGGCAUUGACACUCCGGAGGGGCGCUACAACCAGGCCCAUGCCUCCAUGAGGAACGUUGUGGAGAGGGGUAUUGGCGUCUUGAAGGCAAGGUUCCGGUGCCUUCAAAGGUACCGGACACUCCUUUAUGAGCCCAAGGAUGCAGCCACAAUCAUAGCAGCCUGCGCCGCUCUCCACAACAUUGCUUUGAAGGCAGGGGAGCCGGAGCUGCAGGACAGUGAUGAGGAGGCCGAGGACAACCAGCCACCGCUGCAACAGGGCUUGCCUGUGUCUCAAGGGCACCACACCUGCCGGCAAGAAACGCCCAGAGAGCUGCUGAUGAGGGCAAAGCAGAUGAGGAGCCAGGUUGUCAACCUGUUCUCUGCGGCCCCUAGCUGGCGUACCACUCACCUGCGUGUGCUGCAUCGUCGGCUGAGGCAGCAACAUCAGGCUCAUCGCGCGGCUCAACCGUAAAGCCAGCCACUGCCUCCUGCAUUAGCUGGCCCAAGAGCUGCGAAAGCUGCCCUACUGGCCGCAGUGCCUCCGCUACUUGGUCAGCCUGCCGC